CACAUACUUCUCACGUAAGUUAACUUGUCUUCGGUCCACUCUGGCUGUCUGGUCCUCCAAAAUCAGAAUCUCCCGAAACCAUGAAACGCAGCGUUUCUCACAGCAGCACCACCUCUUAAUCGCACGAACCGCUCCUUUUCUUGUUGGACCGAACCGGAGACACAAACAACAACUACUUCAUUUUGAUUUAGGCUUCCAUUCCAAUUCAAGCAUCACUAAUCUGCACGAUAAAGCAAAAAGCACUAGUGAGGCAAGAGAAGAGGCAGAAUAAAAGGAAAUUCAAGAAAGCUACUUUUAAUUUUUUUAAUCUUUUUGGUAUUUGAUUUAUUUGAAAGGGUUUGUUAAUGUUGAUUGAUUGUUAAAUUCAUUUGAUCCCAAAGGGUUUGGUUGGAUAAUAAUAUAUCCAAAUGAAGGAUCAAGUUUUCUGGUUGGGUCCAGUGUUAUCCGUAGCCUUCACUCACAAAUUUGCUGAGCAAGUGGGUAUAUAAUGAAGAGGUUCUCUGCCUGCUGCUUCACAAGCAGAAUCUCUAAGUUUCACUCUCACAGGAAGCAUAACCAAUCUCAAUCUCAGAUCAUGGCAGGAAACAUGUCUGAUCCAAGUGGGAGCAAGGGUGCAAAUAUUUUACUUAAUCAUGACUUUUCCAGAGGGCUGAACUCUUGGCAUCUCAAUUCCUGCACUGGCUAUGUAAUUUCAGCUGAAUCGGGUGCUCAAGGAGGAAUUCCGAGGGAGUUGGGUGCUAAUUAUGCUGUUAUCACUGACAGAAAGGAAUGCUGGCAAGGCCUUGAGCAAGACAUCACAGAAAGAAUUUCCACUGGUUACACUUACACAGUUUUGGCUUGUGUGGGAGUAUCCAAUCUUUCUCAGGGACCUAGUGAUGUUCUAGCUACUUUGAAACUCGAAUAUCAUGAUUCGGCUACUAGUUACUUGUUCAUUGGAAGAACUUCUGUUAAUAAGGAUAGUUGGGAGAAGUUGGAAGGGAAAUUCUCAUUAUCAACUAUGCCUGAUCGGGUUGUAUUUUACUUGGAAGGACCUGCUCCUGGAGUUGAUCUGCUCAUUCGAUCAGUAGAAAUAAACUGUUCCACUCCGAAUAAUAAUAUCACAACCACAGCAUGUGUUUCAGCGGGAGAUGACAACAUCAUCAUCAACCCGCAAUUUGAUGAUGGUCUGAAUAACUGGUCUGGAAGAGGCUGCAAGAUUGUGUUGCAUGAUUCCAUGAAUGAUGGGAAAAUUGUUCCAAAAUCUGGGAAAUUCUUUGCAUCUGCAACAGAACGCACACAGAACUGGAAUGGAAUUCAGCAAGAUAUCACUGGACGCGUGCAGCGCAAGCUGGCCUAUGAGGUCACUGCUUUAGUAAGAAUUUUUGGAAACAAUGUCUCUACUGCUGAUGUACGUGCAACUUUGUGGGUCCAAGCACCAGAUCUUAAAGAACAGUAUAUAGGCAUUGCAAAUUUGCAGGCAACAGAUAAAGAUUGGGUUACUCUGCAGGGAAAAUUCCUUCUAAAUGGUUCUCCAUCAAAAGUGGUCCUUUAUUUAGAGGGACCCCCUCCAGGCACUGACAUUCUUCUCAAUAAUUUGGUCUUAAAGCAUGCAGCUAAAACACCUCCUUCAACCCCACCAGAUGUAAAGAAUGUUACUUUUGGGGUUAAUAUAAUUCAAAACAGCAAUCUAGCUGAUGGCACCAAUGGAUGGUUUCCCCUUGGCAAUUGCACUUUAAGUGUUAAAAGUGGUUCACCACAUAUAAUUCCACCAAUGGCAAGAGAUUCUCUUGGUCCUCAUGAACUCCUGAGUGGGAGGUACAUCCUAGUAACUAAUCGAACACAAACAUGGAUGGGUCCUGCCCAGAUCAUCACUGAUAAAGUGAAACUCUUUUCGACUUAUCAAGUGUCUGCUUGGGUCCGGAUUGGCUCAGGAUCAUCAGGGCCACAGAAUGUGAAUGUUGCUCUUGGUGUUGACAACCAGUGGGUCAAUGGAGGACAAACUGAGGUUUCUGAUGACACGUGGCAUGAAAUUGGAGGGUCCUUUAGAAUUGAAAAACAGCCAUCAAAGGUUAUGGUUUAUGUCCAAGGUCCUGCUGCUGGUGUGGACUUGAUGGUGGCUGGACUUCAAAUUUUUCCUGUGGAUAGACAUGCAAGAUUUAGAUAUUUAAAGAUCCAAACAGAUAAGAUACGCAAACGUGAUGUUGUACUGAAAUUCUCUGGGCUGGACUCUGGCAGCUACGCUAACACCUCAGUGCAAGUUAGACAAACACAGAAUGAUUUCCCAAUUGGAACAUGCAUCAGUAGAUCAAACAUUGACAAUGAGGACUUUGUUGACUUCAUGGUGAAGCAUUUUAACUGGGCUGUGUUUGGAAACGAGUUAAAGUGGUAUUGGACAGAGCCACAACAAGGGAACUUCAAUUACAAGGAUGCUGAUGAUCUGUUAAGCCUGUGUCAGAAGCACAAUAUACAAACUCGUGGCCAUUGUAUCUUCUGGGAAGUGGAUGGAGUGGUUCAGCAGUGGAUCAAAUCACUGAACCAAAACGAUUUGAUGACGGCGAUCCAGAACCGCCUAAACGGGCUUCUAACUCGUUACAAGGGCAAGUUCAGUCACUAUGAUGUCAACAAUGAAAUGCUGCAUGGUUCAUUCUUUCAAGAUAGGCUAGGCAAGGAUAUAAGGGCUAACAUGUUCAAAACUGCAAACCAACUAGACCCUUCUGCUACACUCUUUGUGAAUGAUUACCAUGUGGAGGAUGGAUGUGACACAAGAUCAUGUCCUGAUAAGUACAUCCAUCACAUUCUUGAUUUGCAAGAGCAAGGUGCCCCAGUUGGAGGAAUUGGAAUUCAAGGUCACAUAGAUAGUCCAAUAGGGCCUAUUGUGAGUUCUUCCCUUGACAAGUUGGGUAUUCUUGGUCUCCCUAUAUGGUUCACUGAGCUUGAUGUGUCUUCCAUCAAUGAAUAUGUGAGAGCAGAUGAUCUUGAAGUUAUGCUGCGUGAAGCCAUGGCUCAUCCUGCAGUAGAAGGCAUAAUGCUGUGGGGUUUUUGGGAGCUGUUUAUGAGUAGGGACAAUGCACACUUGGUAAAUGCAGAAGGUGACAUCAAUGAGGCAGGGAAAAGGUUCCUGGCUCUGAAACAAGAGUGGCUCUCUCACAGCCGUGGCCAUGUUGAUGAACAAGGCCAAUACAACUUCAGAGGCUUUCAUGGAACGUACAAUGUGCAAGUUGUGACCCCAUCAAAGAAAAUUUCUAAGACAUUUGUUCUUGACAAAGGUGACACGCCACUGGUGGUAUCCGUUGAUUUAUAAGCAUACUAUGAUGUUGGUGUCUUUUUUAUAUCCUUGGGUUGGAUGAAGAAUGUUGUUGGUUUAUUGUUGUGGAUUUCACAACUUCACAAAAUCUCAACAAAAAGAAUACUGUUUCGCCAUUUUAUAUAUAUACUUGUAAGAAAGAAGUGAAAAAUAAAUGAAAAUGAUACUGGUUUGAACUAAUAAACUGCAUACAAUCCUA